UACUGUAUAUAUUAUCAGCCAUGUGCAGGAAACUCACAACCUCAUGUGGCAAAGCCUAUAAUUUACUACUCCACCAGUUAUUCAAGUAUAUCUUGACGAUACUAAUCUACUCAAAAUAGCAUCUCCUCUUCUAUAAACAAAGACCUCGUUACUGACAAUUCAAAUUUCAGAUCUACUUGCGAAAAAGAUACGAAGAGACAUCUUCAUUUCCCUGAUAACAUUAACACAAGAGAAUCACAUAUCCUGUUUGGGAUUGGUCAUGGCUACAAAGCUUGUCCACCCACCAAUCCCAGCUUCCCAACUGGUCCCGCAAAUGCCCAGCUUCACAAAGAUGAUGAGAGCUGAUGUUAGAGCACUUUCAGCCACUCACCCAAGAAACCAGAAGGCCACACCAAGAUCCACUGGAGAUCACCCUUCUGGGUUUAGACCGAUUAGAGUUGCAGACCAAAGCUCUGGUUUGAUUGGAAGUACUGAAGAGCAAGAAACAGCAGAAAUCAAGGCAGUGCUUUACGAGGCAAUACAAGGCAUCAACAGAGGUAUAUUUGGUGUUCCAUCUGCAAAGAAAUCUGAGAUUGAAGGUUUAGUUAAGCAGCUGGAGACAAGGAAUCCAACUCCGGAGCCAACCCUGUUUCUAGAGAAGGUGGGUGGAUGCUGGAAGCUAAUUUAUAGUACGAUAACAAUCCUCGGUUCGAAAAGAACGAAGCUUGGAUUAAGAGAUUUCAUCAGUUUGGGAGAUUUUCUCCAGACCAUUGAUGUUGCUGAGGGAAAAGCAGUUAAUGUGAUCAUGUUCAAUGUAAGGGGGCUGAAUUUGUUCAAUGGACAGCUCAAAAUUGAAGCCUCCUUCAAGACUGCAUCCAAAUCAAGAGUUGAUAUUAAAUACAGCAAUUCCACAAUCACCCCUGACCAGUUGAUGAAUGUUUUCCGGAAAAACUAUGACCUUCUUCUCAGCAUCUUUGAUCCAGAGGGCUGGCUCGAAAUUACAUAUGUUGAUGAUAGUCUCAGGAUAGGGAGAGAUGAUAAGGGAAAUAUCUUUAUAUUGGAAAGAUAUGGAAAAGAGUAGGAGACUUCUUUUUGCAGCUCAUAAACCUCUCCAAUUGAGGUUUGGGUGUAGUAAAGCUACUACUACCUCUUCCAAUUUUCCUUAGUUUACAGAAGAGAAGAUACUUUUUGUAAAUGUAACUUAUGGCAUUCAAAAAGUUGAUUACAGGCAAAGAUGAAGAGCACUAGCUAGACUUAACUCGCAAGCCAGCCGGGUUUUUGUUUUUUGCUUAUAUAUAAACCAUCUAAAUGGAGGUUUUGUUGUAAAGUUGGUUAUCUACUGGACUGGAGUACCUCUCUUCUCUUGAGACCUUGUUGUAGCCGGGAGGAGCAUGCAUCCUACUCCACUUUCUAGAUAGGAAUACUCCACCAAGUUAACAUAUGCAGGGAUUUUCUAAGUUACUACUAGUUUGAAAGCAUUUCGAUCAAGGAUUUUCUGAAUCCAUCAAGUUUUCAACGAAAAAAUUUCUAGUGUUUAAUAAGUUUGCACAUCUCCUCAAAGACUUUCAACACAAGCAAAAAAAGAGGAAAGAAUGGCAAAGUUCUAGGCAUAACUACAAGCAAGCAACACAGAUUCUUGGUCCCGUCUGGCUUCGACUCCAAAUUUUGAAUCUAAUACAAAUGGAAAUUGCACACGUGAACGAUAAAUAACACAAUAAAAUCAAACAAAUGAUAUAGCCAUAGGGCUGGAUAUGUUGGGCCGACUAGAACGACGUUGAGCAGGUUGCUUUGGGCACUCGCGUCUUAUACACCGGAGGUUCCUUAAACGACCUGGGUUUCAUUACCUCGCAUUUAGAACAUGCGAGGUCGUUUGGAACGACGUCGAAACAGUCGAACCUCCCUACAACGAGACUGCAGCUUGUAAUCGGUAAAUUGUGAACUCAUGUUGGCUUAUUUCUAUGAUCCGAAAUGUUCAUCUUGUAGAACAUGCGAAGAAGAUGAACAGUGUUGAAGAUCAUAGCAAUAAAUUACUGAAUGAUACAUAAUCGUCGAAAAUAG